AUGGCUAGGGUGAACAUUCAGACAUAUAUUCCUCAGCUCCUCAACGAGUGGCAUGUCCCCGAAAUAAGUGAACGAGCAGUUGUUCGACUUCAGGCAAUCAAGGGCGGCCGCAGAGCAGGCAUUCUCAAAGGAUCGUAUACAUCCCGAGAAAGUAGUGUUACUGUUGUUGCAAUAAAGGUCGUCAACACCGAGUACGCAACACUAUCGAACGAUCCAGAAAAAAAACUUAAGCUGCUUAUUGAGUAUUUCAAGCGUGAAUGCCGGAUAUGGAGGUCGCUUGGGCAGCAUGCGAAUAUCGUUCCACUCCUCGGGUUUGUUAAGCCUUUGCAGAGCGAAGCAUUUCCCGCCUUGAUUAUGCCAUACUAUGAAGGAAAGAACCUACGUAUCUUUGUUUCUGAACGGAAGGUCAGCCUAAAAGAAAAGGUCAAGCUGAUGCGUGACGUUGCAAUUGGAUUGCACCAUAUGCAUUCCCUUGAACCUCCUGCUAUUCACCGUGAUCUAAAAGCUAGCAACGUCAUUGUGGAGAUAAUUAACGGGACACGCUACAAUGCUCGAAUUAUGGACUUUGGCUCAGCAAAGCUGGAAGAGGCUGAGAACGGGUUGCAAAAAACGAGCAAUACUUCAGCACCCGUGAGCUUACCGUGGACUCCACCAGAAUAUGUAAAGGUUGAUAAUUCGACAAACCAAUCAAUGAUUGACUAUGCAAACCCGACUCGUGCAGGGGACAUAUGGUCAUUCGGGUGCACUUUCCUUGAGAUGCUUAAAAAAGACAACCCCUGGGACGGAUAUGCUAUUGACAAGGAUUUGCAGAAAGGACGACAUCCUCCACGACCAGAGAACUGCUUUAUUGAUGAUAAUUGUUGGAACGUGAUGCGAAGCUGUUGGUCUCAUGACCCUUUGAAGAGACCGAAUGCAGCACGGAUUAUUAGGUAUCUUACAGCAAUUGAAGCACGGGUUUAA